CCUUCCCACCUUGAUACGAAAGAUAUAUAUCCUCGGCAACCCACCCUCCCCUCUUCAUACCCAAGAAACCACCAAAAUGAAACUCACAACCACCUCCAUCCUAACCCUCCUCCCCCACCUCGCCGCCUGCAUCUGCAAAGACACCGAAGUCGGCAUCGGCUACAUCAACUACGACAACAAAGCAGAUCGCAAAGGCGCCCUCAUCGCCAACGACUGCAACGUCAUCAACCAUACAAACAAAGAUAACUACUGCUACGGAUGGGGCGAAACAUACCAAGUGCACUGCGACGAAGAUCACCGGAAUGCCCAGUCAGUGACGAUCAAGAAGCAGGGCCGGAUUGAUGAGUAUCAGUGUGGAGAUUAUGUGACGGGAGAACAGUGUGAUGGGGGUGUUGUGGUGGGGAAGUGCUGCGCGUUGGUGUGAGUUUAGGAGGGAUUUGU